CCACCCGGUCCAAUAUGGCUUUUCUGAUUCGGUUCGUUUCCGUUUGCUCAAUGAAACUGAUACGUUGUGUGUACGAAAUCUCUCUCGCCAUAGAAUUUCUCUCUCCGAUUCGAUGGCUUCCACUUACCGUGACCGUACGUCGGAGUUCCGAUCACUGACGGAGACUCUAAAGAAGAUCGGCGGCGGAGGAGGUGGAGCCACAUCACCGCCUAAUCAACAACCGUCUACCUCUCAAAAUUCCUAUUCAAGAUCCGAAUUCAACCGAAAAGCAUCACAAAUCGGAUUCGGAAUCCAUGAAACUUCACAGAAAAUCGCGAGACUCGCUAAGUUGGCGAAGCAAUCGUCGAUGUUUAAUGAUCCAAUUAUGGAAAUUCAAGAACUAACUGCAUUGAUUAAGACUGAUAUAACAACGUUGAAUUCGGCUGUUUUGGAUUUGCAAAAUAUUCAGAAAAUUGAUUUGGCUGAUGAGAUUUACUCAGAAGAUAGAGUUGUACAUUCCAAUGCUGUUUGUGAUGACUUGAAGAACAAGCUCAUGGGAGCUACAAAGCAUCUUCAAGAUGUUUUGACUACUAGGACAGAGAAUAUCAAGGCUCACGAGAAUAGGAGGCAAAUAUUUUCUAAGAACCCUUUACAGCAUCAACCAAAGUCAACUACUGAGCCGCCACCUUGGUCUAAUUCAACAAAUGCAUUUGAAACUGAGAGUUUGCAACAAACAUCAGGAUUACCAUCAAAUGGAAUUCCAGUUGGCAAUCAGCUAAGACGAAGAUUAGCUGUGGAUAACACUCCAUCCCAGCAAAUGGAGAUGUCUUUGGUACAGCAGGUUGUCCCUCGGCACGAAGAAUAUGCUCAAAAUCGGGCAUCUGCUCUGCACAAUGUGGAAUCUACUAUUACCGAACUUAGUGGAAUCUUCUCACAUUUGGCUACAAUGGUUGCCCAUCAAGGAGAGCUAGCUAUCAGGAUUGAUGACAAUAUGGAUGAGUCAUUGGCAAAUGUUGAAGGAGCUCACAGUUCUUUAUUGAGGCAUCUCAACCGAAUAUCAUCAAAUAGGUGGCUUAUGAUAAAAAUAUUUGCCAUUUUGAUAUUUUUUCUGUUGAUCUUCAUAUUCUUUGUGGCCUAAUGUAUUGAUCAUGGAAGUUUUUCUUCACGACUUAUUUGGAUUUGUCUUCAUCCUUUUGUGGAAGUAAAAAUGCCAAAGCAACUAAGUGAAGAGGCAUACAUAUGAGAUAUGUAUCAUAUUUGUAUGUAGAUGGGGUUCCAUGAUCUGUAAACUUUUUGGUUCAUGUAUUCUGUUGUUUGGCAAUGACUAUAGGUGUUAUUAAAAAUGUCGUGGCAUGUAAGCCCCGAGACCUGUUAGAAAUAUCAGUUUGCAUAUAGAAUAUAGAAUCAUCACAAUACCGUUGUGGAGGCGAAGGGUCAUCUAAGAUGCAAAAGGAGGGAGAACACUAUGGACAACCUUUAUAAUUUUUGUGGUACAUUUAUUUCCACAUUCUUUGCAAGUUACGGAAUUGAUGGUAACAUACUAGUAUGUAGUUCUUUGCUUAGAUGUAUCAUGUGUAUAAUAUUCUUAAAUUGCGGAUAUUGUAAUAUAAAAAAUUGAUUUCCUUUUCUGAAA